AUGCAGUACUUUAGUCGUGCGCGCCCUGGUAAUCAGGUGACUGGCUCAUCGAAGCUUUACCGGUGCCGCCUGGUGGCCAACGUCAGGCCAUAUAUACCGAGCCAGCCAACGGCUUUAGCACCAACCCUACGAAACUUGAGAGGCCGCCCCGGGGCCUACCAAAUUCCACACAACGUUUCAAGUGCGCAAGAACGGUACAGAGGCAAUCCGUCGCUCUUCAGGAGAGAGCACCAGUCUGUUCGAAACAACCAAGCAUUGCCCGUCAGCAGCAGCAACGCAAUGAGCGGUCGAGGAUCAUACACCUCGCGCUCGUACAGCGAAGAAGUUGUGUUGCCUAUGGGAGUUACUGAGCAACAAGGUACUCUUCAGUACCAUGACGCUUAUGGAAACCCCACGGGCACUACAAUAAGCGCGGACAUCUCGGCACAGAUCUACAAAAACUUCUUCUUUGGCCGAGAACAUUACACAUGCUAUCGGACACCGCCUUAUAUGUGUGGCAAUUUUCAUGAGGCUGCUCAAGUGGCGCGUCCGAUCCUACCGACAGAGCACAACUUUGAUCGCAUCCAGUUCAAGACGGCGACUGCUAACAACGGGCAACGCAACGCUCGCAACACUCGCCAGCAAUGUUACCAGAUGGUCGUCGAGCUGUGGGGAGAUCUGGGGCCUGGCAACCCCAACCGCCGCUGGGCCAAGCUCGCGAUCCAGAGGUCGUGCGAGGUUGUCGUACGAGGACGAUCGCCAAUGUACUACCAAGAGAAGCGACGCGAGAACUCGGGUAGUGGCGGCGGUAGCGGACCAUCGCUGCACGGGAACUACGACGGCAGCGACUACAGCACCUUCUUAUUGGUCUACGGUAGCCACCCUGCAGCGUUCCCGGUACUCCCCAAUCCACUCAAUAUUUUACCUCGAUAG